AGCACUUCCCGAGGGUAGGCCGCGCCGACGAUAACAACGACGAUGAAUGUGCCAUCAAAUCUUCUGUCUUGAAACUGGGAGUGAAAUUAUGAAGAAAAGAUGAGGACAAAGUUGCGAUACGUGUUGCUGAUCGGAUCUGCAGUCCUGCUGCUUUGUUUUAUGUACCUGCAUUCUGGUUUAAAACAUCCCGACGUCGAUUCGAGAGGAGUUGAUAAAGAUGCUGACUCGGCUCGGAGAAGGAAACAAGCCCAUGUGGACGAUGGGAGACAGGACCACAUCUAUCAGCGAAGACAAGGCAAUGACCUGAUGGACAACAAUGGCUGGGAAGAAGAAGCCGGACUGGACAACCCAGAGAAGGAAGAUGUCGGUGGUGACGAAGAGAGCAACCUGGCCUCGCUGGAAGGAGACAAGGAUCCCAAGAAGGCCGAUGCCGAUGCAGGUGAUACGCUACCAAGACCAGACACUGUUCUAGAUGAAAGCCCUCUGAAGGUGGAGAAGACGAAGGUUGGCGCAAAGACAGAUUCAAAGGGAAAGUUGAAAGUCAAAAAGCCACCUGCUCCUGCUGUCGAUCCCGUAGCGAGGUUUGAUUGGAAUCGCAACAACGGAGGAGCUCGGCACGUGGCGCCACAGGUCGGUUUAACCGCAGACAAGUGCACUCCGAGGACGAACGUCACCUUCCUGAAGGUCCACAAGACUGGGAGCAGCACGGUACAGAAUAUAUUUCUCCGCUAUGGCGAUAAGAACUCUUUGAGCUUUGUACUUCCUGUGCAAGGACAUCACCUUGGUUACCCGAGUUUCUUCGAGAAGAAGCACAUGCUCAAAGUCAAGAAUGGUGUCUACAACAUCUACUGUCAUCACUCGCGCUUCAGCAACGAGGUCAGAGAGGUCAUGCCACCAAAUUCUGUCUACAUCAGCAUCCUUCGCGACCCUGUCAAGGUCUUUGAGAGCGCCUUCACCUACUUCAAGCUCGACAUGCGGAUGAAGAUGGGUGGCCAGAAGGACGCCAUGAAAAUCUUCAUGGACAACCCUAACAAGUUCUACAAUGACUUCCCCACCAAGGUGCACUCGCGGAAUGGAAUGCUGUAUGACUUUGGUGUCCCGCAAUCGCAAUUUGAUGAUCUCACGUUCGUCAAUCGUGCAAUAUCCAUGAUCAAUGAACAGUUUGAUUUAGUCAUGAUCGCAGAGUAUUUUGAUGAGUCGUUGAUCCUAAUGAAAGAACUUUUGUGUUGGAAGAUGGAAGACGUCACAGUCUUUAGACAAAAUGCCAGAAACGUGGAUUCAGUGCAGUCUGUCAACGGUGACAUGCACACAAAAAUCCAAUCAUGGAACUCCGGGGAUAUGCUCCUGUAUAACUACUUUAAUAAAACUCUCUGGGAAAAAAUUGAAAGGUACGGUCACGAGCGGAUGGAGCGGGACAAAGCGGAGCUCGAGAAGAAAACCAAGUCGUUGUUUGACCAUUGCAUUUCAACAAAUACUGCCCCCAGGGAAAAGGGGGAUUAUAAGGUCUGGCAGCCUCCGGGCGUCAACAUCAAUGCCUUUGUCUUACGGCCCGAGGCCAAGGGGAACAGACUGUGCGAGAGUAUGGUGAAACCUGAAAUACAAUACACCAUGGAGCUCAAGGUGAAACAGUUUCCAGACAUGAACUUUAGCCGCGUCAAGCAGAAAAGAAUUCCUUCCAACAUGAUGGGAGGGUUCAAACGCUCCCUCUAGAACUGUACUGAGCACUGUCCUGACAAUGCUAUCCAAGUUUGCCCAUCUUCUUCAUUUGCCCUACAAAUUGUUCAGGGGAUGCUUUGAAAUAUUCUCCGGCGAUAAUUGCUUUAGGCUUUUUUUUCUUCGUUGCAAUUGGGUUUAAGGUUAGUUUUCUUGUAAAGGAUUAGAAUUAGGGUUUAAUACAUGGAGGUUUGGUGUAUGGCACAAGGUUGAAAUCAAGAAUUACCGGUAGGUUAGUGUUAGCUUUAGACCACAGAGUCAGUGUGGCCUAAGCAUGCUUGACUUGCUUCUGCAUCCGUGCUACAGAUUGUUCAACGGAUGC